UAUGUACGCAAUGGAAAACUCUACUUUGAAGUGUCGGUAUAUGACAUAAGCCACGCAAGCGGUCAAACCUGGAGAGUGUUUGAGCGUGAAAUUAGCCUGAUCGAAACUAUCGGACCAAAGUGUUCUUCCUCGCGGAUCAGUAUGCCGAGCAUAGUUGUGUCUCCAUCCAAGCAUCAGGUAAUUCUACACGGUUUUGGUCCUGGUGAAUGUGCCAACCUGCUUCUAGUGUAUGAGGACAGAAAAACCAGAGUCAUUAGAGCACAGCAACAGCAGCAGGGGACUCCCCUAGUAAGCGAGUUUGGAUCUGCUCUGGCCACCAUCCCCAUAACAGACCCUCUCCGUGGUAAUUAUUCAGGCGAAAUGUUUUACCUGGUGUCUUAUGGAGGUUGUUCGUCGAAAUUCUAUUCUGCAAUCACACGCCGCUGCACGCAUUCAUGCAAUAACUUGCAUCGUUUACUCGUACGGGGACACGUCUUCGGCGAGUGGGAGUACAUUGAUUUUGAGUUGAAGAAAAGCAAGUACCCAGAAUCUUCAGUAUUCUCGAGGCUCUUCCAUGACAGUGCGAAUUCCAUGCUGUUGUUUGGUGGAGUGAAGCGGAAUGAAAGCACCACACCUUUGAAUUUCGGAAUCUGGAGAUUCAACCUCUCAUCGUUGGUCUGGAUAGAGGUGAUCAACUUAGACAUCUCGUUAAAAUAUGAUGUAAUGGUAGCCAGCUACAAGGCAGCGAAGAGCAGGUUCAUUAUUUAUUGGCCACGCAAGGGAACACUAAUUAUUUGCGAUGUACGGCGAAACAUCGCCAUCUGUGGAAAGCCGAAACACCUGAUGGCCUCGACUCAUCCUCAGUUUCUUAACUACCAAAUUUCGUCAGGCCCUGAACUUGUCUUUUUCGUUGGAAGAACACACAGUAUCAUAUCGACUAAAGGGUAUAAAAUCCGCCAACGGACCACAAAAGUUGACCGAAUGGAGUUAGCCCGAAUAUAUGUGUCAGAGCAUUUCCUUGGUUUUAAAACUGUUUCCUCUGCAAAGAAAGUUCCCGGCAUCCUAGUACCGUCCAGUUCCGUUGGCAAGAUGAGAUACGUGUUCUUUGGAGUGGGAACACUAAGUCUUCAACUGUCUAGUCGAACUGCCAUGGCUGUAUGGAUAUUGCACAACGUACCAGGGUCCAGGACCGAUUUUGUCUACACACUGUUCUACCCACGCCCAGCGCCUCCUAUCCCUCAACGCAAAUGUCAUACCGUAACUUUGGUGGCAAAUGACACAGCAAUCCUGUACGGUGGCUCUAGUCUUGUUGCACACAAGUUAUCACCUAUUGGUACUGUGGAUAAGACCGACCCAAAUCCUUGGUGCUAUUCUCUGCAGAUGCACGCUUGGAUAAAAGGUAAUGUCACUGCGUCUAGGUUCCCGCCUCCCCGAACACAGCACAUAGCAUUCCAAUACAACUCAACCACCAUUGUCGUCCACGGUGGACUAGUCAGCAAAGGGUUUCGCAACUAUGCUUUAGGUGAUUUGUGGAUGUUCGUCCUUGACGAUGCGGAGCGCUGUCGGGGAAGGUGGCAUAACCUGACAGCUCAUGUCAAGACCGGCAAACUACCAAUACAACAUGGUCAUUCAGUAACACCUGCUGAAAAUGGAGUAUUUCUCUACGGAGGAGAGUUUCAAUCACCUUCCAUACUUACCUUCCUUGCCGUACUUUCACCAAGCCAAGUGGUAGUCCAGCCUAUUCCGAUUAGCCCCAGCAUUCCAAAUCGCUGGGACCAUAGUCUUUCAUAUUUCAGCAAUGAUUUGAUUCUACUGGGUGGCAUGCACGAGAUUGGUGGCACUCAGACGGAGGCAGAAUGGGCUCUGCUGAUGUCCGUACAAACAAAUGAAACUUCUACCGUGGUUACCUGGACAAAAUUCUUUAAAGCCAGAAUCUGGUCACAUGCUGUGCUGGGGGAUAAGAUUUUUGGUGGUUUAAGAUUCCCCGUUAAUGACAUUUUCAAAGUCAUCAUUCUCAACACCACUGGUUUGUGCCCUAUUGGACAUGCACGAGAUCGACGCAAUGCAUGUCAUCCAUGUGCCAUUGGGUAUUACUCAGCCACUCUUCAACAAGAGUGUACUAAAUGCAACCAAUCACUAACAACCACCGUCGAGGCAGCAGCUGACUGUGUUCCGAAAGGCCCAUGCAAUGGCAACACUUGCAAUAGACAUGGUGACUGUAUCGUCGACGAGGUAAACUUCAAACAUCUCUGUGUUUGCCAAUUCGGAUAUCUUCCCGAUGAUGACUGCAAAACACCAUCCAUCUACCUGGCCUUGAUGGCAGCUCUCGUUUUCACGUCCACUCUAACUAUACUCACCAUUGCUCUCAUUCAGUUCUUGAGGAAGAGAAGAGCCCUCAAUGCCAAGGAAAUUGAAUUAGUCAACACCAACCGUGACCUCUACCGUUCCAACCGAAAACUCAGUCAAAUUGAUCAUGGAACAUGCAUUGCCUGGUCGGAUCUGAAGAUCAAGAAACAACUAGCUACUGGGAGAUUCAGCGAAGUAUUCCUGGCAGAGUUAGGCGACAUGGCUGUUGUGGUUAAACGACUUCCAAAAUUUGUUGCCACUCCGUCACCUUACGAUUCCUUUAUCCGAGAAGCUGAAGUUCUUCGAACAUUACGACACCUCAAUAUUGUCAUGUUCUUGGGAGCAGGAAAAGACAAAAUAUCUGGCCGGCCAUUUCUAGUGAUGGAAUAUUUACGACGAGGCUCUCUCUACGAUGUUAUCCACGAUGAAUGCAAGAUUAUUGAACACAUCGAUCGUCUCCGCUUUUCCUUGGAUGCUGCACGCGGAAUCAAGUACCUGCACAGUACAAGUCCUCCAAGAAUUCAUCGUGAUAUCAAGUCAGCCAACAUGCUGGUCAGUGAUAAAUGGGUGGUGAAAGUAGCUGACAUGGAGACAACACGAUUUCUUGCUAUUCUACAAGCUAACACUAAGCCAAAGGAGACCUCGCCCAGUGGUGCGAACGGACAAAUGGAUCGCCCUACACAAACUACAUCCUUCACAGGCCAGCAAUCUGAUCUCCUGACAACACCCCUUCUAGCUACCACAGUGCUCAGUGAUGACAGCCAUGGCAAUACUCAAGACAGGCACAGAGACACAGAGGGUAUGACAUCGCGUAUUGGAAUGACGUGUGGAGUAGGCACUGAUCGCUGGAGAUCACCUGAAUCUAUCAAGAAGAAUCUCUACACGGAGAAACACGAUGUUUACAGUUUUGGUGUGGUGAUGUGGGAGCUGAGCACUCGUCAGAUACCCUAUGGACAUCUGCACAACUCAGAUGAUGUACUUGAUGAAAUUGCCGGUGGUAGCAAACUGAUCUUUCCACCCAGCAUCCGCUAUGCAUAUCGUCAUCUUGCUGAACAGUGCAUCAAGACGGAUCUUGAAGAACGACCAUCUAUGCAUCGCGUAGUCCACGAGUUGACCUCACAAUUGGAUUCCAUUUGAAUAUCACAACGCGGAGUGAGUCAUCUACAUACAUUCGACUUCACUGUAGGAUGCUGAUGACCAAUUGUUUAUCUACGUUAUACCUUAUAGACUUAUACUUACUUUUUCUUGCACGGAAGAUCAACACCGCCAGGUACUAGUGGGCACACGGCUUUACAUUUCUGCCAGACCGUUCUUGAUCCACAAUGGCAGAAUCUGGGUGGGAGCAGAAUCCUGCAUGCCUCGUCAUGUGAAUGCCAGCUAGAGAACUGGCCUUGGGAAUGUCCCGUAGUAAUGCGUUGGUGGAUUUGUAACAUGUCACCUGGCAGUCUUUUAAAAUUCUUCUCACUCUCACAGCGCAGAAUCUCAGUACUUCACAAGUAACCCUUUCACAAUGAAAAAUACCAAAAAAAGAACCCAUUCUGUAUCUGUGUGGCUUCGACCCUCGGCUCAUUCAUGCAUUCCUAUAGCCAGCAGUCGUUCCUAUAGCCAGCAGUCGUUCCUAUAGCCAGCAGUCGUUCCUAUAGCCAGCAGUCGUUCCUAUAGCCAGCAGUCGUUCCUAUAGCCAGCAGGCAUUCCUAUAGCCAGCAGUCGUUCCUAUAGCCAGCAGUCGUUCCUAUAGCCAGCAGUCGUUCCUAUAGCCAGCAGUCGUUCCUAUAGCCAGCAGUCGUUCCUAUAGCCAGCAGUCGUUCCUAUAGCCAGCAGUCAUUCCUAUAGCCAGCAGUCGUUCCUAUAGCCAGCAGUCGUUCCUAUAGCCAGCAGUCGUUCCACGUAUAGGAUAGGACAUGCUUUUCUAGUCUCAACACAAGUAACAGUUACUACUAUUGCAUGGCCGCACGUGCUUUCGUUAUUUAAAAUGUAACACAACUCUCCAUGACACUUGCCGACAAUACACAUUGCACACAUGCUUCUUGCACGCCCACACAUAACAUAGUGCAUGGUUGGGAUUUUUUUCUGAAUCUGAUGGGCUAGGUGGAGCGAUUUUCCACAUCUGACCAGAACCCGCACAUCGUACUUAUGGUGUAUUUUGCAUAACUUGCUGCGGUACAUUGGCUCACUGCAGCACACACUUCAGACAACGGUGACGGGAGCAACACCGUAUGUUGUUUAGCGUGCUCCUGGCUUGAUGUACACACUUGAUAUGCAAUGUUCAUGAAUUUGUUUGAAUUUUCUAUUUGUUUCUACAUGUACAUCUCAGGCAUUGGCACUUUUAUUCUUCACUUUACAAAGAGCAGGCUUCAAAUGUUAACUGGUUACAUUGCAUUAGCAGCAGUUUGUUAUUCUUCAUCAAAUAUGUUCAUAUCAACUUCAUCAAGUCA